CGCAACUUGCCUGGCCCCACUGCUGUACAGAGCCCAGCAACGCCGGGAGCAUGGCCCUGCUCGGCCUGGCCAUCCUCGCCCUCUGCGCCCUCCUGCCAGCAAGAGGCAGCAGCAAUGCCCUAGACUGCUGCCUGCGCACCAGUGCCGUGCCCAUCCCUGCCAGGAUCGUGCUGCGCUACGAGGAACAGCUGGCGCUGGAGGGCUGCCCCGUGGAGGCCACCGUGUUCCUCACGGUGAGAAGCCGGCGCCUCUGCGCCCCGCCGCAUCUGCACUGGGUCCGGCAUCUGCGGGAGAAGCUGGACAGGCGGCACGGCGGCAAGCGCUGGAGCGUGUAGAGCCGGCAGGGCGCUGCAGCCGGUGCCGCCUGGAUGGAGGACUCUCACCUGGAGCCAUUGGGACGUCCAGCUGCAGCGUCUCCCCCAGCACCGACUCCUCGCCCUGCACCUCCUGCUCUCCACCCUGGGACCUUGUCCAGGGGGAUGGCGGGACCUGGGCAGAGCACCCCUGGCUGCUCCCCGAUGGCACCGCACCGCACCGGCCUGGCCCGGCAGCUCCUCGUGCAGCAGGACGUGGGUGUCUGCGCUCAC